UUUAGUUUCUCUCUUGCUAGUGUGAACAUUGUCAGUCAAUAUCGUCAACGUUUUCUCAUUAUAUACACAAAACCCUUUGUGUAUCAUUAGUCUCUCUAUCUCGUAAAAUCUCUGUGAUCUAUAGAUCUUCUCUCCAGCGUAGUAAUGUAUCUUUACCUUCUCCCUGUGAUAGUUGCUACGCCUUUGUGUAGUAGAAUCUUUUCUUUUGUUUAUGCAAAGUUCAAAGUCCAAGAAAACAAAAUAAUUGCUUCUUCUCCUUCAUCACCAUCUCCCAAGUCAACUUUGCCUCGUAACUGCAUACACGAUGUCUUCCCUAGCUUCCAUGGAGCAGAUGUCCGUAAAUCCUUUCUCAGUCAUCUUCUGAAGGAGUUUGGGAUCAAAGGAAUCAACCUGUUCAUCGAUAACGAGAUCACUAGAGGAGAGUUUAUAGGCCCUGAGCUCAAGAAGGCAAUCCAAGGAUCAAGAAUCGCGAUUGUGUUGCUCUCGAAAAGAUACGCUUCUUCAUCCUGGUGUCUCGACGAGUUAGUGGAGAUCAUGAAGUGUAAGGAAGAGUUAAGUCAAACGGUGAUGCCCGUUUUCUAUGAAGUGGAUCCAUCUGAUGUCAAGAAGCAGGCCGGUGACUUUGGGAAAGUCUUCAAAAAAACUUGUAAAGGCAAAACAAAUGAGGUUAUUGUAAAAUGGAGUCAAGCUCUAGCUAAAGUGGCCACACUCGCUGGUUACCAUUCAAAGAACUGGGAUAACGAGGCAAAAAUGAUAGAAGAUGUUGCCACUGAUGUCGCGAAGAUGUUGUUUAACUCCACUCCGUCAAGAUAUUUAGACGAAUUUAUUGGGAUGGAAGCUCAUAUGAACAAGAUUUUGCGUGUUUUACGCACAGAUUUGGAUGAAGUGAGGAUGAUAGGGAUUUGGGGGCCGGCUGGGAUUGGCAAGACCACCAUUGCUAGGUGUCUGUUCAAUCAACUAUCCCAUUCGUUUCAAUACAGUGUCUUUAUGAUGAAUGUCAAAGCAAUGUAUACGCCACCGAUUUGUUCAGACGACCACAAUGUGAAGUUACAUUUGCAGCAAAAGCUUUUGUCUCAACUACUCAACCAGAAGGAAGAUCUCGAGAUUUCUCACUUGGGAGUUGCACAAGAAAGACUGAAUGACAAGAAAGUUCUUGUUGUUCUUGAUAACGUUGAUCGGUUAGUACAACUAGAAGCCAUGGCCAAAGAAACUCUGUGGUUUGGUCAUGGAAGUCGGAUUAUCGUUACAACGCAAGAUCGUAAGAUUCUGAAGGCACAUGGGAUCACUGAUAUUUACAAGGUUGAUUUUCCAUCAAAUCGUGAGGCUAUUCAGAUGUUUUGUAUGUAUGCUUUUGGUAAAAAGUCCCCUGAAGAUGGUUUUGAGAAGCUUGUAUGGGAAGUUACAAGACUCGUCGGUAAACUCCCUUUGGGACUAAGGGUUAUGGGAUCUCAUUUUCGUGGAAUGUCCAAGCAGGAGUGGGAGAAUGAACUACCAGAGCUAUGGAGAUGCCUUGAUGGAGAAAUUGAGAGCAUUUUGAUGUUCGGUUAUAACGCAUUAUCUCAAGAAAAUAAAGAUUUGUUUCUUCACAUAGCCUGCUUUUUCAACAAUGAGUGGAAAGAUAAAGUGGUAGAGCAUCUUUCAACGAGAUUUUCUAAUAUGAGGCAACGGCUUAACGUCUUAGCCGAUAAGUCUCUCAUAUCUUUGAAACGGGGAGAUGUGAUUAUGCAUGAUCUGCUAGUCCAGCUUGGUAGAGAUAUUGUCCGCAAACAGUCCAGUGAGCCUGGACAACGCCAGUUUCUGGUCGAUAAAAGAGAGACUUGUGAAGUACUGGCUGAUGAUGCAGCGGGUAGUAGAAGUGUUAUUGGCGUAAUGUUUGAUGGACACGAAAUAAAUGUGAGUGAGAGAGCCUUUGAAGGAAUGUCUAAUCUCCAGUUCUUAAGAUUGGAAGUGGAACGUGCUGGUGGAGGAGAUGCAUUUCAUCUAUUUGGUGGACAAAGCAAUUUAUCUCGUAAACUUAGAUUACUAAAAUGGAGAUUUUUUCCGAUGACAUGUUUGAAUUGUAUUCCCAACCCAGAGCUCCUCGUGGAACUAUCCAUGCAUGGCAGCAAACUUGAGAAGUUGUGGGAAAGAACAAAACCGCUUAGCAAUCUCAAGUGGGUUGAUUUGGCGCAUUCAAAAAACUUGAAGGAUGUUUUUAGUCUCUCAACUGCCACUAGUCUACAGGAAUUAAAUCUCAGAGGAUGUUCAAGUUUAGUGGAGCUUCCCUCUUCUAUUGGAAAUGCCAUUCAUCUCAAGAAGUUGAAUCUCAGUGGAUGUUCAAGUUUGGUAGAGCUUCCUUCCUCUAUUGGGAAUGCAACUAAUCUCCAGUUUCUGUCUCUUAGUAGUUGUUCAAGUUUAGUGGAGCUUCCAUCUUCUAUUGGGAAUGCCAUAAGAAACCUCAAGGAAUUGGAUUUUAGUAGAUGCUCAAGUUUAGUGGGAGUCCCUUCCUCUAUUGGAAACGCCACUAAUCUCAAGCGUUUGGAUUUUAGAAGAUGCUCAAGUCUUGUGGAGCUUCCUGCCUCUAUUGGAAACCUCCAUAAACUAUACUCUUUGACUUUAAAAGAAUGUCGCAAGCUGGAGGUUCUUCCUGUCAACAUCAACUUGAAAUCUCUGAGGACACUUGAUCUCACUGAUUGCUCCUUGAUGCAAUCUUUUCCUGAGAUCUCGACAAACAUCAAAUAUAUGUAUCUCACUGGAACUGCGAUUAAACAAGUGCCUUCAUCGAUCAGCUUGUGGCCUCGUCUAAUUGACUUGCAUAUGUCAUACAGCGAGAACCUCAAGGAGUUCCCUCAUGUUCUUGACACCAUGACAGUUUUGGUUAUGAGCAACACAGAAAUACAAGAGAUUUUUCCUUGGAUCAAGAGAAUCUCUCGUCUUCAUCUGGAUAACCAACAACCUAACCACACACACACAUCUGCAAACAUAUCAUCAGUAAGCCUCAAAAGAACAGCUACUAAAGACCAAUUCUUUUGUUUACACAUAACCACCAUUAACAGGAAUGAUCUGACCGUUGAUCCAUUCACCACCAUCACCAGCCAAGAACCCAACGAGAGGCACCACGUCUCUGACUUCGCCGACUCUCCCAAAAGGAUUCUCUGCGGCUAUCUUCUCCACAACCUCCGAGCUCUUUCCUUCAUAGAACAUCUCAGUGGCUAUGGGUCCUGGAGCUACACAGUUUGCAGUGAUCCCUGUUCCUUUGAGCUCUUUCGCAAGGAUCUUAACCAUCGUUUCCACAGCUGCUUUUGAUGCAGCAUAGGCGCCGAAUCCAGGCUUCAAACCUCGGGUCAUGGAAGAUGUGAGGAGUAUGAUCCGACCACCACCUUCAAACGUGCGAUCGAAAUCUUCGACUGAUGUGUUUGCGAUCGAAGGGUACUUAGGAUCGAGGACUCCCGCCGAGUUAACCAGAAUAUGAACCGGCGACUCGAAGGCGUUCUCCGCCGCAUCGAACAGAGACGUCACCUGGCUUGGCUCUGAAACGUUGGCCUGAACCACGAUCGCUCUUGGUCCGUUUCCGGUAACGGCUGGAAGACCGUUGAUCUCCGCUGCGACGAGCUCGGGUCAGACGAUUUAGUUGUGUAAUUGACGACGACUCUAGCACCGAGUUCAGCGAGGUGGAUCGCUAUCGCUCUCCCUUUGUUAACCACUCUUCUGUUUAUACUUAAGCCUUGAUUAUUCAUAUAGAUUUUACCUUUUAGUUUUUAAAUUUUAGUUUAUAAAUUUGUUGUUUUCAAUCUUGU